AUGGAUGUAGAGAAAUAAAUUCGUUAGAAAUACAUGGAACAUCAAUCGGAAAUGGGAGCAUAUGGGGAGAGCUCCAAUGUCCAGAACAGCGGGAACUAUAUUACGAUAAUUCCCGUGGAAUACUCAAGACGUGGAUAUCCAAUACAAGCGGAAUAUCAAUAUAAUGAAUUCAGAUCACGCGAAGAGUACUACAGCCUCCAGAGCCAGAAGCUUCAAGCGGAGGUCAACGCACAUUUGUACUCUGUGUCACAGCGUUUACCCCAUCUGUCAUACAGUCCCCUAGGCCGGCACAAUGAAUGGGACAAACAUGAUCCUCACAAGCCCCUGCAGCCUGACUCUAAGGAGAGCAACUCUUCGGAUUCCCUCGAUAAAAGUGUUAUGGGCUCAAAUCUCAGCAGUUGUUCCAAUCAAACAGGAUCCAGUAGCAUUGCGGCUGGGUCUUUUAGCACCACCGAACCCAUAACUAGUGGGGGUAGUUCAUCCAGUGCUAUUUCACCUCCAUUACCAGGAUCAUCAGGAAGUACGGCCUCUUCUGCCAGCAGUACUUUGAACCCUGUCACCUGUGUUUACUUGAUGUCUAAAACCACUGUCAUGGUGGAGAUGAGUUCUGAGGAAGUUCCCUCGUGCGUCACAUCUGCAAGAUUCUUAAACGCAGUUUUAUCUACUGAGGAAUUAGGGUUGAGUUCUCCAAGCGCUAGAAGUUUGGCUACCAAUGUGUUCGCUCUUUGGAUGUGCAGCCCAUUGCUAGAAAUCCAGCUUAAACCUCACCACUGCCCCUGGCGUAUGUGGGCGGGGUGGCAAAAGUUGCUACAGCGAUACGGCCAUGGCUCUGAAUCACGACGAGCUCGCGAUCAGCCCAUACUGCGACUACAAAGGAACGUCUUCUUUCCCAAGCAUCUCGAAGAAGGAAUCAAAGAUUCUCGAAUUCAAGAGUUGCUGUACGAGGAAGCACGACAUAACGUGGUGACUGGACGGUAUCCGUUAGAAAGUGCCCAGGCGGUCAUGUUGGGAGGUCUGCAGGCCAGGAUUCAGUUAGGUCCUUAUGACCCACACCGACAUACGGCGAAAUUCUUUAGAGAGCAACAAGACAAAUACCUACCAAGACAUGCCAGAUCUGGCAGAUGGGCUCGUUUAUUGCCGGCGGGAAGGAAGGGCAGUCCAGAAGCUAAGCUUCUAGAACAAGCACAACGACCACCCGCAGCGCCCCCUAGGAAGCUGCGACAUAAAUAUUUAUCGCACACGAGGACGCUUCCCACUUAUGGUGCUGCAUUCUUCCAAGGUCAGAUCGAGCAGCCUGUCAGAAGUUUGACCAGUCUUCUCACACACGAAGAUAUUCCCGUGUUGGUAGCUAUCAAUUCUAACGGAGUCUACGUCAUUGAUGAUACUGAGAGUACUGUACUCCUCGGUCUUCUUUACGAAGAACUCUGUUGGGAUAUUGGUUUGCCAUCCGACGAUAAUGAAGAUUGUCUCCCGUGUCUCUUCCUACAGUUCAUGGUGGUUGAGAAUGGACUAAGGGUCUCUAAAAUACUUCAGGUAUUCUCUAAACAAGCGGUCAUGAUGGAUACACUGGUCGAACAUUUCGCCGGAGAAUACAGGAAGAGACUCGGCCAAGAAACGCCGAGCGAGCAUGCGAAUUACGACUAUCAUUCAGAUUCAGGCAGCAUAUCUCUCCCGCCAUUGUCGCGUCCGGACUCGCCGCAGCGUCGUCUAGCCAACAAACUGUCGCGUCUAGCUCUCGCGACGCACGACGGUCGAGGCAACCUGCUUGGCGGGGCUGGCGACUGGAAUAGCGGGUUGCACCAUCGACAACCUUCGUGGAUACUGCCCAAACACUAACAUCAUAAUUAUUAAAUAUCUAUAUAUAUAUAAAAGAAAGUUGUGUUAGUUACACCAUUUAUAACU